UGGAAAUCUACGGUUCACCAAUCAAUCUCUACGUACAUAUCCUUAACCACUGUACGCCGCGGGCUUUAACCGUCUUUCACCUUCCUAUAUAAAUACCAUCUUCCUUUCUCUUCUUUCCUCAUCCUAUCAAUUCCAACAACUCUCCUAGUUCUCUCUCAAGACCACUCGCUCGAGGAACAAGACAAGCAAGUCCAGAUCGAUCAAAGUUCUUAUUUAACGAAGUACAUGGUUGAGUUAGGCAUUCAAAUCCCAACUACUUUUGAUCCUUUUGCGGAGGCCGAGGAAUUCGGAAGAACAGGAACCAAAGACUAUGUUCAUAUCCGAAUCCAACAGAGGAAUGGCAGGAAAAGCUUGACAACUGUUGAAGGUCUGAAACAAGAACUGAGUUCCGAUAAGAUCCUUAAGUCUCUUAAAAAGGAGUUCUGCUGUAACGGGAAUGUUGUGCACGACAAAGAGCUGGGCAAAAUCAUUCAAUUACAAGGUGAUCAGCGGAAGAAAGUAGCACACUUCCUUGUUAAUGCUGGAAUAGUGAAGAAAGAGCAAAUCAAGAUUCAUGGUUUUUGAGUGGUUUUAGGGAUGUCAUGUCUUUUGAUUUUAAUACCUCUGGUGUGUGGGAAGAACCCUAAUGGAAUAUGAUGUUGGAGUUUCAGUUUCAUUUAUAAUAAAUAAUGGUCAUUUAUUUGCUUUCAA